CAACCUUACUGUUGGCACAGAAAAUUUAAGGUCUUUCCUCGGUUUUUUUUAAUUUAUUUUAUUUGUUUUCAAGUUUUGGUCCAAGCUUCUUGGUGGCAGAGAGAAUCUAAGGUCGUUCCUAAUUUCUUUUUUACUUCUUCUGGAUCCUUUUGAAAUGAGAGAAGGAGAUGCCAACAUUUUAUCUUUACCCUAAGGAUGAUAAUGAUAGUCAAGGCAGCACUUCUCAUAUUAGCUCUUGGGCUCUUUCUAGGAAACUUGGCAGGCUUGUGCAAUGGUGCCCUGCAAGUAGGAUUUUAUAGUGGCAAAUGUGGGUUUGCGGAUGUGGAGGCUAUAGUUGCUGGUGUUGUCACUCCACAAUUCUUUAAAGAUCCUACUAUUGUGGCUGCACUCCUACGUUUGCAGUUUCAUGAUUGCUUUGUUAAUGGAUGUGAUGCAUCACUACUUUUAGAUGGACGUAGUAGCGAAAAAACAGCCCCACCAAAUCUGAGCGUUAGGGGAUAUGAUAUCAUAGAUCAAGCAAAAACUGCGGUGGAGAGAGCUUGCCCUGGUGUCGUCUCUUGUGCUGAUCUCAUUGCAAUUGCUACAAGAGAUGUUGUUUUCUUGAGUGGUGGAGGAAGGUAUAAUGUUCAAACAGGAAGAAGGGAUGGUUUAAUUUCUGCAGGUCAAAAUGUGAGUAUCCUAGGACCUAAGGCUUCAGUGCCUGAAGCUGUUGCAGCUUUUGCUGAAAUAGGACUCAAUACCACAGACAUGGUACUUCUUCUAGGUGCUCAUUCAGUUGGAGUUACUCAUUGUUCCCUAAUCAAAGACCGUCUCUACGAUUUUGAAGGCAGUGGAAAUCCUGAUCCACUCAUGGAUCCUUUCCUAGUUAAUCUAUUGAGAUUUAGAUGUCCUCAGUUUCCUGCAAUAGACAACACAGUCAACCUUGAUCAGAAUCCAUUCAGUCCAUUCUUUAUGGAUGUGUCAUACUAUCAGAAUAUAAUGAUGCACAGAGGCAUUCUCCAAAUAGAUCAAGAGCUUGGAAUGGAUCCAUUGACUAUGCCCAUUGUCAGAAAUUUAGCUGGUGAAUUUGAUUUCCCGACAAGGUUUGGUGCUGCCAUGGUUAAAUUGGGUACUAUUGGAGUUCUUACUGAUAAACAAGGAGAGAUUAGGAGAUCGUGUAGAGCUACUAAUAAUGAAACCUGAACUCUUUCCAUUUUAGCAGUUUGCUUCUUGUAUAAGGAAUAAUCAAAUUGUAAGAAAUUGUUAAAACAAAUACAAAUGUUCAACAUUGUAUUCAAA